AUGUCCCGAUCCGCCGCAGACGCAACCCGGUUCACGGCCACAGGGCCCUACGCCAGCUCAAAGCCAAGCGCAGCUCCCUACAAACUCCCCGGGUCUCUAGCAAACUCGGAUCCGAAAACACAAAACAAUGGAUCUGGGGGGAACAGACAGGAGACACCCAAGGAGAAAGUUGAGCGUCUGCGAGCACAGGCCCGGGCUGCCCGGAUAGCACAGUCGACUUCGCGUACGGAUACAUUAGUCGAUUUCGGGAGGCGAUUCGCCAAUAGGGCACAUAAAGGGAUGGUUUACACGCUUAUUACCGCGUCCGGCAUUUGCGGCGUGCUCACUGUCUACUCCAUGGUCUCCCUAACGCUAUACAACCGUCGCCAGCGCGCCCUCUGGAUUGAGAAGGAAUUGCAAACACUCCACGAUGCUCAAUCGGCAUUUGUGAGCGGAACAGCAACAUCAGAACAAUUGGAAUUGUUGAAGAAGGAGAAGAUUGGUGAAAUUGUGAAGCAGAACCGGGAGGCGGAGAAGGCUGAACAGCCAUGGAACAAGUUCAAGACCUACCUGCUUGGUGGGUUGAAGAAUGACGAGGCCCCUUCACCGGAGGCUGCUGCAGAGAAUGUGCAAAGCAAUAAACCUGGGGUUCUGGACGCCCUCAUCACAGCCGAACCUCAACUGGGUCAAGCCAGUAGCUCCGCUCCUUCGGGCCCGGGACAGCUAGAUGUUCUUGCUGAAAAUGCAGAAGCGGCUGCCAAGCAGACAACGCGAAGCUGGAAGAGCUGGUUCACUGGUCGGUGA